GUUGUUUCUUCUACACGCUGUGAUUCAGUCGGUUACACAAGUCGCUUCGAGAAAAAAUGUGGAAAAUUUAUUGCAUUAUUCCGAUAAUAUUGAUCGGGCAUGUUCAUUCGAUACGGUCGGAAUCGAUGUCGCGAAAUGAAAUUACCAAUUCGGUGUAUGAAUCGAAUAGAGGUCGUGGUUGGAUGGAUACGGCUAAGGAUGCAUUAGCUGGUCCAGCUGGGAAAAUGGUGGUGCAUUUUGCUAAAGAAAUGAUAAGUCGAUCGACGGGGAAUAGUCAAAUUUUGAGCUUAAAUCUAACGAACUUAUUGAUCUUGGUCUUCCUCAAAGCGUUAAUAUUCUCGGCUGGUUUGAUCGGAGCUGGAAACUGGGGUCAAUAUGCCCGAGCAAGACGUGACGACGUAUCAUUCACGAUAAAACCGGACGAACCACAGCUGUUUCUGGGAUUCUUAGCAGCUGAAGGAUCAGGAGACGAUACUUGUUUGCAUAAUGCUGCUUGUUCGUCUACUCAAUUGGCAACAGAAUAUGUAAAAGCAGCUAAGGCUAUCAUAAAGACGGCUGAAAUGCUGGAUGCGGAACUGGUCAACAAUCUACGUUAUAGAGAACUGAUUCAAAAGACUGAACGAGCAAUUGCGGAUGGAAUGUCAGGAGCUCCAUGCGAUAUUAUUUAUCAUUGUCAAAUUUAAAAAAAAUUUUGUUCUUUGGUUGCACAUCGAGCUAGUGGUUUAAUAAAUAAUUAGUUGGUGUUAGUGAAUUUCUGUAUUCUUUAGCAUGGAAUAAAGUUUGCUUUUAAGGA